AGCGCUUGCGCCCCCUCCCUCCGCGCUCGAUCCGUGGUGGUUUCUAUGCUUGAGCACCUAAAGCCUCGUUUGAAAGAGCGCCUCCGGCGGCGAGGAGUAGCAGCGGCCCUGCACCGGUCGUCAGGAAGGCUGUAAGGCCUAGGGUUCAAGACCUUUCUCAGCGCUUUCACAGGUCGGGUCUGGAGCAAGCAGUGUGUUUUUGUUGUUAUUGUUGUUGUUUUUGGUACUGGAAAUCGAAUUUACUACAUUGCACUUGCCAGGCUGGUGCUGGCCACUGAUCUAUAUCCCUGGCCCUCAAGCAAGCAAUUUUAUAAGCCCAGCUUUGGCUGUGGGACUCAGGCCAACUGUUGGUGGUACAAAGACCAUGAAUGUGCAAAGGACUGAGCCCAGAGCCUCAUGGAGGGUGUACAGGGAUGUGAACCAGAAGCCAGAGGUCAGCACCAACACUGGAUGCCCAUGGCAGGAAAGGUCAGGGGCAGACAUAGACUUCCUGGGCUGGGCUUCCAGGGACACUGGUUGGUGGACUCUGACCCAGGACAGUGGUGCCCUCAGCCACCCACGCUGCCCUUGCCACCAUGCUGACCUCCAGGACUGGGCUGCUCCUAGCCCUGCUUCUCGUAGCUGGCUCUCUGGGCCAGAGGGUUCGGAAGCCCCCUGGGCCUGCGUCCUCCAUCAGGGCUAUCCAGCCCCAGGGUAACUUUGACUCUGAACAGUUUUCAGGGAAGUGGCUCCUCGUGGCUGUGGCUUCCACCUGCCGCUACCUGCAGGAGCAGGGCCACCAGGCAGAGGCCACUGCAAUACAGGUGGCUCCCCAGGGUGCAGCCUUGGCUGUCAGCACCUUUCGAAAGCUGGACGGGAUCUGUUGGCAGGUACGCCAGCUCUACAGAGACACUGGCGUCCCUGGCCGAUUCCUGGUCCAAGCUCGGGGCGCCCGAGGGUCUGUGCAUGUGGUCAUCGCUGAGACGGACUACCGGGAUUUCGCCAUCCUGUACCUGGAGUGGGCAAAGCAGCGGUCCAUGAAGCUAUAUGCCCGCUCGCUACCAGUGGGGGACUCUGUGCUGAGUGGAUUUGAGCAGCGGGUGAGAGGGGCCAACCUGACUGAAGACCAGACCUUGUUCUUCCCUACAUAUGGUUUUUGUGAGGCUGCAGACCAGUUCCACAUCCUGGAUGGUGAGUGGCAACCAGUGGCUGGACAAGGGCCUCGAGGGUCCCCUUCCCCUGCUGAGGCUCUGUGUGUGCAGAAUCGAGGAGCUGAGGCUGCACAGCCCAAGGAGAAGUCAGCAGUGGAAGACGCCGCUACCCUUGCCAAGGAGCCCCGUCCUGACCCUGGCUCAGUCUCUCCAUCUCUCCCCUCUUCCCCAAAGCUGCCCCUCCACUCUGGGGUCCUUUCAGCAGGGGGCUCAUUAAAGAUUAGUUGUGGCAACCAGCUCCUUUCUGUUUCUCUGGCUGGGAAGGGAGUUGCCCUGUGCAACUUUUUAAGAAUUUUUAAGAAUUGCAUCCCCAGGGACCUAAGACUGGGAAAGAACCUAGAGUCUACUUUUCCUAGGCCUCUGUUUCUCUCCCUUGACUCUGCUGGCCUGCUGGGCAGUGCUGACCCUGAGCCCCACCUCGACAUUGUGGCUACAGAGCCAGAGCCCCAGGGGACUGGUGACCAGAAGCUGGGUGACUCACAGGAAGGCCCCUUCACAGCCCUGGAUGUGGUGCUGGGACUGCCCUGGGUCCCAAACAGGGAGCUAGGUGGCUGGGACACCCUGGGGACUCCUGGCCAAGGCUUGGGGUCAGCAGAAACCCAAGUGCCAGCCAGGGACCCCAGGGGCUAAGCCAGAUGGGGUCUGACUCUUAGGCUGGGGUGCAUGUCAGAAGGUACUGAUGCCCCCCAGGAC